CUUAAAAGAGCUCCCCCCUCUCUCUCUCUCUCUCUCACAGCCCCCAGCACACACAGUCACACACACAUUUGAAACCCUAAACCUAUCACGGACACAGAGUCAGAUACACACACACACACACACACAUACAUACAUAUAUAUAUAUAUAUAUAUAUAUAUAUUUAUGGCUUCUCUGGUUUUGCCCUCGCCUUCAUCGUCUUCAACGGCGUCUUCGUCUUUAUCAUCAUCUCUGUUUUCUCGUUGCUCUCUCAACAACAAAAGCUUCUGUUCCAACGAGUUUCGUUUUCGAAUCAAUGCUCCACAUGGCGUGAAAUGUGAUAUGAGCGCACCAUUGAAUGGAAAGCCGUGUGUUCCGAUCGUUAAUGAAGGAACAUGGCCCAAGUUCUUGGAGUCCAAUCGCCUGGAGAAUGCAGUGAACAGAACUAAUACCAGACUGAAAAUAUUCUCUGGCACUGCAAAUCCCACACUUUCUCAGGAAAUCGCUUGGUAUAUGGGCCUUGACCUGGGAAAAAUCAACAUAAAGCGGUUUGCUGAUGGCGAAAUUUAUGUUCAGUUGCAAGAGAGCGUUAGAGGGUGUGAUGUGUACUUGGUGCAGGCCACCUGCCCCCCAGCAAAUGAAAAUCUUAUGGAACUUCUUAUAAUGAUAGAUGCUUGUAGAAGGGCAUCAGCCAAAAACAUCACAGCAGUGAUUCCAUAUUUUGGAUAUGCCCGAGCUGAUAGGAAGACUCAAGGGCGUGAAUCCAUUGCUGCGAAACUUGUAGCAAAUCUAAUCACAGAAGCAGGUGCAGAUCGCGUACUUGCUUGUGAUCUUCAUUCUGGGCAGUCCAUGGGUUACUUUGAUAUUCCAGUUGACCAUGUAUACUGUCAGCCUGUGAUUCUUGAUUAUCUUGCCAGCAAGACAAUUUGUUCUAAUGAUUUGGUAGUGGUCUCACCUGAUGUUGGAGGAGUUGCUAGAGCACGUGCUUUUGCGAAAAAAUUAUCUGAUGCACCUUUAGCCAUUGUGGAUAAAAGGCGUCAUGGACACAAUGUCGCGGAGGUAAUGAAUUUGAUUGGUGAUGUUAAAGGAAAAGUUGCAGUUAUGGUGGAUGACAUGAUUGACACUGCUGGGACCAUUGCAAAAGGUGCAGCUCUAUUACAUGAAGAAGGGGCCAGAGAAGUCUAUGCUUGCAGCACUCAUGCUGUUUUCAGCCCUCCUGCGAUUGAGAGGUUGUCGAGUGGUCUGUUUCAAGAGGUCAUCAUUACAAACACAAUUCCAGUAAUGGAGAAGAACUACUUUCCUCAGUUGACAGUUCUUUCUGUAGCAAACCUGUUGGGUGAAACUAUAUGGCGUGUUCAUGAUGAUUGUUCUGUGAGUAGCAUUUUUCAGUGAAUCAGAUUGUUGAAGGAAUUGGUGGCUGCCUCCUCCUAAUCCAUACAUGGGUGGUGGAAACUAUCCUGUCUCUUCUCUCAUGAUCCUUGUGAUUUGUUUCCUACACCUAUUUACUUCCCCUCUCAACUUCCUCCCUCUUUACUCGCCGGGUACAAGGCAACCCAUACACACCAACACACACAACCUCGCUGUCUCUGGCCAGAUAAGCACAAUGUCAACUGGGCUGGCAGAGCAUUUCUCUUUAUUUUUUCUCUUGCUUGUUUUUUUUUUUUUUUAAAAUUUUUUUUUUUUGGGGGGAAUUCAAAGCCAUGCACAAAUAAAAGUGUAUUGACUGUAGGGCUUGUUGAUGACUUUGUAGCUUGUCAGACCCUAGUCAGACUAGGCAGUGUAUUGUGAAACCAUGAUAAAUAAUAUUUUGAAAAAGAAUUAAA